AGAAAACCGUUGCAUCCCGGAAGUAUGGCUUGUUUGUUUUUCUGAUCAGCCAGUGAUUUUUCGUCGUGCUCAGCCGAGGAACUGGAAACGGGGAUAUCAGGAAUGUGGCCGGGAGAAGAUGGCUGCAGUUGAUCUCGUUUUCUGUCAAGGCGACAGUGGCAGUGACCAGGCAGACAGAACUGUGCUUAUUGUCGGUCAACUUAGUCAUCUCCAGAGUCUGGCCUGGAGCGAUGUGAGAGACGUACUUCUGCCUCGUGUCGACAAUGAGACUUGGAAAACCGCCCUAAAUUCUUUGAAACCAAACCCAACAGACAAAUGUCCCCUCUGGUUAAACUUGGUGACAGUGGCUGCCUUGCCUUCCAAAGUCAGCCGACAUAACACGCCCUCUUCAGCCCAUUCACUCACACGAUUGGUCCAAACAUGCUUCUCUGGAAAACGGAAUGGUCACAUUGUGGUUGUGUGUGAGAAGACAUCCGUUUUUGCCUUGGCAUGUGCGAUCGCUAGAGCCUUCCCUCUCUUCUCCCGGCUUUCUGGUCACAUCGCACUCGACAGCGGUUACAGGGUCACAGCUGAGUUUGUUUGUGUGGAGCCAAACAAGGAACCACUCGAUACAGCUACACUAAUGUGCUUAUCCAGGGUUGCAGAGAGUAUCAGAUUGGCUGCCCGAAUUGUUGAUUCCCCCUGCAGUGAGAUGGAUACUGAACAGUUUCUUCAGGAGGUCAGAGCGGUUGGAUCGGAGCUGAGAAUCACUCCAGUCAUCUUUCGGGGAGAGGAGCUCCGCAAGAGAGGAUUUGGAGGUAUCUACAGAGUGGGCAGUGCAGCAGCAACACCCCCUGCCCUGGCAAUUCUCAGUUACACUCCGUCCACUGCCACACAAACCAUUGCCUGGGUUGGGAAGGGCAUUGUGUACGACACGGGUGGCCUGCUGAUCAAGGGGAAAACUGCAAUGCCGGGGAUGAAGCGAUACUGUGCUGGAGCUGCUGCUGUACUCGGGGCCUUCAGAGCAGCAGUCCUACAGGGUUUCAAAGAAAAUCUUCAUGCCAUUUUCUGCCUGGCUGAAAAUUCAGUCGGUCCGAAGGCAACUAGACCCGACGACAUUCUUCGGUUGUACUCAGGAAAGACCGUAGAAAUCCGGAGCACGGACGCAGGGGGGCGUCUCCUUCUGGCUGACGGGGUGGCUUACGCCAGCAGAGACCUCAAAGCCGAUAUUAUCUUGGACAUGGCCACUCUCACAGGUGCACAGGGUAUCGCGACGGGCAGGUACCACGCGGGGCUGCUGACCAAUCGCGAGGAGUGGGAGAGGGCAUGCGUGGCCGCGGGCCGCAGCAGCGGCGACCUCGUCCAGCCGCUGGUCUUCUCCCCCGAGCUGCACUUCAGUGAGUUCUCCUCUGCUAUGGCUGACAUGAAGAAUUUUGAUCGCAGUAAGGCCCCGUGUUCCUGCGGGGGCCUGUUUGUCGGGGCUCAGCUCGGGUUCGACUGGUCAGGGGCGUGGAUUCACGUGGACAUGGUCUUCCCUGCAUACAGUGGAGAGCGAGCUACAGGGUAUGGGGUUGCCCUGCUGUUGGCUCUCUUCGGGCGGGCGACAGACGACCCCCUCCUACAGCUGGUGUCCCCCCCGGGUCCAGACAUGGACGGACCCUUGGAAGACAGCCACUCUCCCAGUAGCAGCCCAAAGCGCAAGAAGCUCAUCUAGCCACUGUGCAGCAUGGCAACAUAAAUCCAGUACCCUGAGGCUUUUACACACCAGUGAUGGGGACUUCCUUCAGAAUGUGCCUUUUACAAAGGAGGGCUGCUGUGGUAUGCCCAGAUACCUCAAUGCGUGUGUCAACCGUGCUUUUAUUAAAUUGCUUAUUUUUGCACAA